AUGUUAGACCGAUUAAAAUGCCUUGUAUGGUAUUCUAUUGAUAAUCAGCAGUACAAAAAUGCCAUAUUUUAUGCAGAGAGGUUGCAUGCCAUAGAAGAUUCAGGUGAAGGUUUAUACCUCUUGGCGUAUUCGCAUCUUCUUAACCUUGAUUACAACAUUGCUUUUGAUCUAUUGAAUCGUAAUGUUAAGCACAUUCCUUGUGUGUUUGUCUAUGCGAAAGUGUGUUUAAUUUUAGGUCGUUACAAACAAGGCAUAACUACCAUAGAAACCUGUCGCCCUCAAUGGAAGUCCAUUCUACCAAACUUAAAUGAUCCAAAUGGUAAUCGGGGUCGCCCGGACGCCUCGAGUAUGCUUGAUGUCUUGGGCCUAAUGUACAAAAAAGCGGGUUAUAUAAAAAAAGCAACAGAAUGCUUCGUAGAAUCGAUUUCCAUAAAUCCAUAUAACUUUAAUUGUUUUCAAAAUCUGAUUGCAAUCGGAAUUCCUCUUGAUGUGGAUAACAUUUUUAUACUCCCUCCUUAUUUGAAUGCCCCAAAACCUUUAGAAAAAAUCCAGUCUGAUUCUCCUCUGAUCGGUUCUGAUACCUAUUCUUUAAAACGCGGGAAAAAAUCUUUCCCAUCACUACCGAAGCAAACAACACCUAAGUUCCCAGUUAACCCUUCCUCCAGCUCUUCCAUUUCGGCUUUUACAAAUUGGUUCGACCGAAUUGACAAUACCGCGUUGGACAGUCACGAAGUGGAAGAAGAAGGAUCAAAAGAGGAAGCAAAAUCAAAUCUGAACUUGGCUCCUUAUACAGAUCUUUCUAAACCAUCAACAGGCUCCUCUUCUGUACGAAAGGACUUUCUCUCAAAGAACGAAAUAGCCAGUGCAAAGCUGUCUACAUCUAAAGCUGGUGCGCGCUUUGCGGCAAAAUUACGAGAAGCUAGCAAUAAACGAAAUGAGGGAGAGUUACCUGUAAAUUAUAAGGAUGAGGAUGUUAAUUUAUUAGAGCUGCUAAAGAUCUUUGCAAAAGGUUGCUAUUCUUUAGCCCGCUAUCAAUUAAGGGACGCAUUGUCAUAUUUUUUAAACUUACCAAGGGAACAUAGAACCACGCCUUUUGUACUCUCCAAAAUAGGGGUGACAUAUUUCGAGAUGGUCAAUUACGAAAAAGCCGAAGAAGUAUUUCAGAAGCUUCGUGAUAUUCGCCCAUCGCAAGUAACGGAUAUGGAAAUUUAUUCAACAGCUCUUUGGCACUUACAAAAAUCCGUUCCUCUGUCUUAUUUAGCUCAUGAAAUGCUGGAGGCCAGCCCAUACUCUCCAGAGGCCUGGUGUAUAUUGGCCAAUUGCUUCUCUUUACAAAGAGAGCACUCACAGGCACUGAAAUGUAUAAAUAGAGCAUUACAAUUAGAUCCUACCUUUGAAUACGCAUACACGCUUCAGGGUCAUGAACAUUCCGCUAAUGAGGAAUAUGAAAAGUCGAAAACAUCAUUUAGAAAAGCCAUACGUAUUAAUGCCCGACAUUAUAAUGCUUGGUAUGGUUUAGGCAUGGUGUAUUUGAAAACAGGAAGAAAUGAUCAAGCCGACUUUCAUUUUCAGCGAGCAGCCGAAAUUAAUUCCAACAACUCCGUUUUGACAAGUUGUAUUGGUAUGAUCUUUGAGAGAGGUAAAGACUUUGGGAAAGCCUUAGAAUUUUACUGCAAGGCUUGUGAAUUAGAUGAAAAAUCUUCGCUAGCGAGGUUCAAAAAGGCAAAAGUUUUGAUUUUACUGCACGACUAUGAUAAAGCAUUAACCGAACUGGAACGAUUAAAAUCUGUUGCACCAGACGAAGCCAACGUUCACUUUAUGUUGGGAAAAAUUUACAAACAAAGGGGGCAGAAGAAUUUGGCGAUGAGGCAUUUGACGAUUGCAUGGAACUUGGAUGGAAAAGCCAAUCACAUAAUAAAAGAAUCCAUUGAAAAUCUCGACGUUCCUGAAGAAAACUUACUUACCGAAACAGGUGAAAUUUACAAGAAUUAUGACAAUUAA